AGUUCACCGUAGAUUGGCUUAAUUUGAGAUUAACCAGGACUAGAAGAAAGAUGCAUUCUGAAGAUUGCUCCCUAACAGAGAACAGCUCCUUGGAAAGAGGACGACAAAAUAAUGCUGCCAGUCUGCACUUUGCAACGCAUCAUGAAGGAUCCCUUCAAGUUCCCAUUCCAUGUGCUGUAGUGAAUGUGGUCAUCAUCACUAUGUUGGUCAUAGCUCUCGUUGCUUUAUCAGUGGGCCAGUACAAUUGUCCAGCCCAAUAUAAACCUUCAGAAUCAUCAAACAACCGUGUUGUUUCAUGCUCAGAUGAUUGGAUUGGAUACCAGAGGAAAUGCUACUUUAUUUCCAAUGCAACAAAGAAUUGGACCUUGGCCCAAAACUCUUGCUUCAAACUUGGUGCUACUCUAGCUCUCAUUGAUUCUGAAGAGGACAUGACCUUUUUAAAACGGUAUGUGGGCAGAGCUGAACACUGGAUUGGCCUGAAAAAUGAUGGUCAGAAAUGGAAAUGGGCAAAUGGCAACGAAUUCAACAGGUUCAACCUUACAGGAUCAGGGAACUGUGCAUUUCUGAACAGCACAGAGGCCAGCAGCACAGAAUGUGGAAAGAGUUUACACUGGAUAUGUAGUAAACCCCUCAAAUAAUGAAGAAUCGUAUUUGGUUACAGAUUAUUAUAUCAUGAAACUCAAGGGUGUUGAUGGAUGCUGCUCUACGCUCAAACAUUUUUCAUAAAGACUUUGUGAAAAAAAGUUUGUAUUAUUUUGGAAACCUUCUUCCAAACAAGACUGUGGAAAAGAGGGAGAGAAAUUCCAGGAAUAUCUGCAUUAUGGAAUACCUUCGUCAUGAGCUGAAAACAUCAAAGAUUGAUGGAUAUAUAUGUCCAAGAAUGAGAAGAAUGACUUUAAACCUUUUGAAUGCACUUUAUACUUUUUAAAAUUCAGAAAUAAUAAAAUAGCUAGGUUUAGAGUUAUUAUUUAUUGUUUAAUGACUACCAACGAUAGGUGUCCUUCAUGCAUUUGCACUAUUUGAAGGAAUUAGAUAACAGUAUUAGAAACUGAAUGUAAACAAAAGAACUUUUAACUGGUUACAUAGAUAUGUAGUCUAAAUGCAUUUGUUAAAUGCAGAGAACAUUUUUAAGUGAACAAGUGCUUCUGAAACUAAGCUUUGUAAUAUUUCUCUCUUUUUGGAGAUGUUUGCCAGGUUACUUUGUCACUUUCUCUCCCCUCCCCAAAGAAUGGAAUGACUAUGUAUUUAUGUUGUUGUUGUUGUUUUUACUUCUUUAAUGUCUUUUUGUUGUUGUUG